AUGGUAGAAGACACCGAAACGAGGACUAAAGGAAGCAGAAAAGGCAAGAACACCCAGGUUCGGGUCGACAAUAAUGCCACGAGCGAGAACGAGCCGGAGGCCAUCAACGAUGAAGCCGACGGAGACACCGAUUCCGACUCCGACUUUGAUGAUGGCGACAAGCGAUAUAACUUUCGCACCCUAGCAAAGCUCCUUGAACCUGUGCCAAAGCUCACGUCACGAAACUACCAUAGCUGGAGCGCUCACGUGAAAUCUUUCCUCCGAUCCGUGCCUCAUGCGAUGAAACAUCUCGAGGGAACGUACGACAAGAAACACCCGAAAUGGAGCCGCUCCCUUGACGACGCUUUAAUUAACGCCCUGCGUGGAACAAUCGAUACUACCGGAGAACACAAUGUAAACUACCUCGUUCUAGAUGUAAUCAAGGAGUACCUUACUUUCAACCAAGUAUGGAGAAAGAUCGAAAACGGUCUCACGAAUGAAGCCACCAAGACGUCCCACAGACUUGCGCUUAUCUCGCAACUCAACGAUGCAAAGAUGUUUCACUCGGAUGCCAGAAAGCUAAUCCAAGAGAUCCGGUCCAUACAAACUGAAAGCAGUCUCCUCGGAAAACCAUUCGCCGAUGAUACAUUGUUCUCGGCCCUGCAGAAAUGCACGAUCCGGCAUCCGGUGUACAAGGAGACGGUUGCCACCGUCCAUCAAAUCGACUUCAACGCCCUUGCCACCGCAUUAAGCAUCCGGCAGACUGCUGUCGAGAGUGUCCCCGCACAAAGGAUCAACCCCCGACAAGCCAGCGCUAGAACCGCCGGCAACGACGAUCAAAAUGAACGGGCCGGAGAGACCGAAGCCGAAGCCGACAACAGCCACGCGAGCCCGAGGAACGCAAGCAAACCACGCCGAAUCCGAUGCUGGAUCUGCAAGCGACCGGGACAUGGUAUCAGCCAAUGCGACGCCUUGGACCCCUCGAACACAAAAGAAACAGCUCAUUGGAUCUUGGACUCGGGGGCGAGUUAUCAUAUGGUGAACGACUACAGCAUGCUCAUUCACCCGAGAACUUGCCGAAAGCGGAUAAUUACCGCCGGAAGCGAGGUCUUGGAAGCGGCAGCUAUAGGAGAUGCGAGCAUAUCAACAGGUUACGGGGAAAUCUCUCUGCAAAAUGUAUUGUAUGUAAAGCACCUUAAUGUUAACCUUCUACGGAGGAGGAUAUCCCUGAGUCUAACGGCAUACAUCAAGGAAAUGGUGAACAAAUGGUUAGGAGGAGCAAACGAGAAAUCCUGGAUACCCAUGCUGAGUGUAGCGAACACCGCCGGAGGCGAGCGAUGUGAACCUAAGCGAGCAAAGAGGUAUCAAGAAUUGGUCGGCCAACUAUUAUGGGUCUCCAACACAGCCCGACCAGAUAUUGCCUUUGCCGUCGGCGUAUUGGCGCGAUAUAUGUCGAUCCCGAUCGACAGUGCAUGGAAGGCAGCUGUCCACGUGGUAAAGUACCUGAACCAAACGAACGAAUAUCAGUUGCACCUAGGAGGAGAGACAAACGAGCACUCGGAUACACCGGUAACGACGUAUACCGACGCAAACUGGGCAUCCGACCCCACAAAUGGACGAAGAAGUACCUCGGGGUCGAUAACAUAUGUGUAUGGAUGUCCGGUGAGUUGGAAAUCACACGUUCAGAAGUGCGUGGCACUGUCGGCAGUCGAAGCAGAGUUUGUCGCCGCUUCCGAAGCGGUACGAGAAACCUUAUUCUUCUCAUAUUUGCUCCGGGAUUUGGAGGCCACGGGCGUUCGGCCCGUACUAUACACAGACAGCCAGGGGUGCAUACAGGUGAGUAAAGACCCAGCCAAACAUUGGAAGUUAAAGCACAUCGACACACGGUAUCAUUUCGUACGCGAUCACGUACAAGAGGGCGAUGUGGAGAUCAAAUAUGUCGGAACAGCAAACAACGUUGCAGAUGUCUUGACAAAACCCUUACAGGGUCUUAACACCUCACGAUUGGCUAGGAUGAUAGGACUGGAGAUCCCGCCGAAGGGGGGAGUUGAAGAUGCGUCGGCAUCUCAAGCAAGGUGCACGUGUUACGGCCGAGACAUCGAGAUACGGGAGGCUCACAUAAGCGAGGAGCACAAUGAGGUACGCAAUUGUUGUCAUGGUGACAACACAGUGGCACCCGGUAUCAUAGCAACACAGGGGUACAAAUGA